AUCUCUCGGAGCGGAACGGCUCUGCUCUGCUCUUAUCCUCUGUCUGAUCCGUCUCCAUCACCAUCUCCGUUCUACAGUGAAAUGGAGAUUCCGGAGGGGACAUCAAAAGAUUCAGAAAAGGCCAACGAACAAGAUUCAGUGUCAUCAAUUGGGGCAAAGAAACCUCCACUGGAAUCUCCAGCCACUACUAAUGCUGCAAGCGGUCGACUUGUUUAUGUCCGGAGAAGAGUGGAGGUUGACACAUCCAAAGCAGCUGCUAGCACUACUAAUCCGAACCCGCCUCCUACUAAGGCACCACUUCAAAUACCUUCAUCACCCGCACAGGAACCAACCCCUACCAGCCAUAAGUUAGACUGGGAAGAGCGUUACCUUCAUCUUCAAAUGCUUCUUAACAAGCUUAAUCAAUCUGAUCGGACCGAUCAUGUUCAGAUGCUUUGGUCACUUUCCUCCGCCGAGCUUAGCAAGCAUGCUGUUGACUUGGAAAAGAGGUCUAUUCAGUUCUCUCUCGAGGAAGCGAGAGAGAUGCAGCGCGUAGCAGCUUUAAACAUGUUAGGAAGGUCUGUGAAUAGUCUAAAAUCUACAUCAAAUGAGUGAAGGGAAAUGGGCAGCAACACAUGUGGUGGAUGCGGAGAAAGGGCAGUCAGUAAUGAGGCAGAAAGGAGCAUUAUCCAAGAUAUUGUUACAGCAGUGAUUGUGACUCGAAGAGAAGAUAUAUAUUUGACAGGUAUCCAUAUUUUGUUCUAGCCUAAGAAGGAUUCAUAAUCUGGAAAUCAUACUAUUAGUAAAUUAUUUUGGAGAGAUGCUCCCACGAGUUAGGAGAUUUCAAUAGAUUAGAUUAGAUCCCUCCAAAGGUCUUGAUGUUAAACUCCUGAGAGACAACUGUCGCAACGACUGUCACUUGGGCUUAAGAUCCCAUUGCAUUCUGUAUCUAUCUACUUACACCUGUACUUGAGACAGCCUAAUACUACCAAGUCCAUUGCAUUUUCUGUU